CUAAUCUCAUUUGGCAUUCAUUCGGUCGUUCGUGGUUCUCGGUUCUCGUCUCAGUUCAGUCAGUUUGACAUUUUGACGUUGUACAAAACAAUCAAAAUAUACCGCACGAUAAACAAUAAAUUUUAAUAACAAGAUAAGUGACUGACUAGUGAGGUAGCGGUGAUUUAAUCGAAGUAGUAUUUUGUGAAAUAUGAUUAUGAAAACCGAGAAGAAGCCUGAUAAUUUCAACAACGAGAAACCCACUGGAGACAAUGAAGAUUCGGAAUCGUUAGAAGAACAGCCCCUUGACAUUGGAGAACACUAUCUUGUUCGGAGGUCCGACGAUUCUUGGCAUCCAGCAGAAAUAAUUCAAACCCGAUAUAAUGAGCAAGAAAGUCACUAUGAAUAUUAUGUUCAUUAUGAAGGCUACAAUAGACGUUUGGAUGAAUGGGUCCCUAGAGACAGGAUAAUGAAUUCAAGAUUCGACAUGACAGACCAACAGUGGAAAACUGGAGACAGAAUGCUAGAUCUCUUAGAUCAGUCUGAUAGAAAAAUCACAAGAAAUCAGAAAAGACGCCAUGAUGAAAUCAACCAUAUUCAAAAGACAUAUGAAGAAAUGGACCCGACUACGGCAGCCCUGGAGAAAGAGCAUGAGGCUAUUACCAAAGUGAAAUACAUAGAUAGAGUCCAGAUAGGGAGGUUUGAAAUAGAUACGUGGUACUUUAGCCCCUACCCAGAUGAAUACGGCAAACAGCCCAAAUUGUGGAUUUGCGAGUACUGCCUACGAUAUAUGAGAUUGGAAAAGUCCUACCGGUACCACAUGAGUGAGUGUACCUGGAGACAACCCCCUGGUAAGGAGAUCUACAGGAAAGGCACACUCAGUAUCUGGGAGACUGAUGGCAGCCACCACAAGACUUACUGUCAGAAUCUCUGUCUUUUGGCCAAAUUAUUCUUGGACCACAAAACACUCUACUUUGACGUUGAACCCUUCCUUUUCUACAUUCUUUGUGAAGUAGAUAAGCAUGGAGCACAUCUUGUCGGUUAUUUUUCCAAGGAGAAGGAGUCUCCUGAUGGCAACAACGUGGCUUGUAUCCUGACUUUGCCCCCGUACCAGCGGCAGGGCUACGGCAAGCUGCUCAUUGCCUUCAGUUACGAGUUGAGCAAGAUGGAGGGUGCUGUGGGAAGUCCAGAGAAACCUCUGUCUGACCUGGGCAAGCUCAGCUACCGAUCCUACUGGUCCUGGGUGUUACUGGAGAUACUCAGGGACUUCCGGGGCACUGUCUCCAUCAAAGACCUCAGUGAAAUGACAAGCAUCACACAGACUGAUAUAAUCUCAACGCUGCAGUCAAUGAACAUGGUCAAGUACUGGAAGGGUCAGCAUGUGAUCUGUGUGACGCCCAAGUUGGUAGAUGAACACAUUCGCUCAGCACAGUUCAAGAGGCCGCGACUAGUAGUUGACACAACAGCUCUCAAAUGGUCCCCACCCAAGAAAACACCUCAAAUACGUGUUGGCAAGAAGUAACACAUGAAGUGUUGUCUGGUGAAUGUUCUCAGUCCAGAUUGCUCCUCUUGGCAGAACUGGCUAUACAGCUGUUUGCUGGUCUCUUAGUGUCAUCUCACUCCAUCCAGCCCCUCUGUUUACAUCCUCACGUCUUUAUUUCUCAAUAGUGUUUUUCAGUGUCAGUUGACUUUUUCACUUUAACUUGAAGCUUGUAUGUUUCAAUAAAAGUGUUUUUAAUUGUAA